AUGAGAUUGUUUUCGCUCUUGUCAGUGUUGUUUUUCGCAACCUUUAUUUCUGCAGAGACUCAUACAUGGUGGUUCAACACAACAUGGGUAGAUGCUAACCCUGAUGGUGUUUAUCCACGUAAGAUGAUUGGUUUCAACAAUACUUGGCCAUUGCCUACACUUCGAGUUAAGAAAGGUGACAGAGUCCAAUUAUACUUGAUCAACUCUUUUGAAACAGCCAACACUACUUUGCAUUUCCACGGUAUGUUCCAACCAGGUUCAAGUCAAAUGGAUGGACCUCCAUUUGUCAGUCAGUGUCCAAUCCCUACUGGUGAGACAUUCUUGUACAAUUUCACUGUUGGUGACCAAGUCGGUUCUUAUUGGUACCACUCACACACCUCAGGACAAUACGGCGAUGGUAUGAGAGGUAUCUUCAUCAUUGAAGAUGACGAUUUUCCAUACGACUACGAUGAAGAGGUUGUCUUGUCAUUGAGUGAACAUUACCACGACACUUCAGAUGAAUUGAUGCCUUCGUUCUUGUCUAGAUUUAACCCAACAGGUGCUGAACCAAUCAUCGACAACAUCUUGUUCAACGAAACCAGAAAUGCUACUUGGAAAGUUGAACCAAACAAGACGUAUUUGUUGAGAAUCGUCAACACUGGUAGAUUUGUUUCGCAAUAUAUAUGGAUGGAGGACCACGACAUGACUGUGGUUGAAGUUGAUGGUGUAUAUGUCGAGAAAAACACCACCAGCAUGCUUUACAUCACAAUUGCACAGAGAUACACUGUUUUGGUCACCACCAAGAACUCAACUGACAAGAACUUUGCAUUUAUGAACAAAGUUGACGACACCAUGUUGGAUACCAUCCCCGACGAUUUGCAAUUGAACGGUACCAAUUACAUUGUUUAUAACGAGACUCUUUUCGACGAGUCCAAGCCAGAGCAGUACUAUGUCGACUCCAUCGAUGACUUUUUGGAUGAUUUCUACUUGAAGCCACUUUCAAAAGAAAAGUUGCUCGAUGAUGCUGACUACCAAAUCACACUUGAGGUGCAAAUGGACAACCUUGGCAACGGUGUUAAUUACGCCUUCUUCAACAACAUCACUUACACUACACCAAAGGUCCCAACCUUGCACACUGUCUUGUCAGCUGGUGAAGCUGCCACCAACGAGUUAAUUUACGGUACAAACACAAACACAUUUGUGUUGGAAGAAGACGAAGUCGUCGAUAUCGUAUUGAACAACUUGGAUACCGGUACCCAUCCUUUCCAUUUGCACGGACACGUUUUCCAAGUGAUUGAAAGAGGUCCUGCUAGAGAUGACGACCAGUCACCAUUGAGCUUCAAUGCCAGCGAUCAUGCUGAAUGGCCAGAGUACCCAAUGAUGAGAGAUACUGUUUAUGUUCGUCCACAAUCGUACUUUGUCAUUAGAUUCAAAGCUGACAACCCUGGUGUUUGGUUCUUCCACUGUCACAUUGAAUGGCAUUUGGACCAAGGUUUGGCCAUUGUAUUGGUUGAAAACCCUGCAGCAAUUUCAAGCAACUCAUCCCAACAAUUGACCCAAAAUCACAUUGACAUUUGUGAGAAAGUUGGCGUUCCAUACAAAGGUAAUGCUGCUGCUAAUGCUGACAAUUACUUGGACUUGACUGGCCAAAACGUUCAACAAAAGAGAUUACCAACUGGAUUCACUGCUAAAGGUAUUGUUGCCUUGGUGUUUUCUUGUGUUGCCGGUGUUCUUGGAUUGGCUGCUAUUGCAUUCUACGGUAUGCAAGACAUCAAGGAUGUCGAGGAAAGAGUUGCCAAGGAUUUGAUGGUCGACCUUGAUGACGUAAAUGAUGAUAGUGUUGAAGAAAUUGUCGAAACUGGAUCAUCCAACGGCGUCACUGGCAAACUUAGCCAUUAA